UUAUAAGGAGACCCUCGGGGUCAUUCCUCAUCGUCAAGUGAGCUGAAGGUAAUUUGAGUCCCUUCCUAAACAAGAAGAGCAUACAUGAUGUUCUAGCUGUGCAUCACCCAGCUUUUCCAGUACAUUGACAGCACAAGAAGCUAACCAGUUUGCAAUAAGAUGUAUCAGCAUCAGCUUCAUCAAGGACACAACAACCUCCUAUCUCCGAAGUCAACAUUUUCCCCAGAAAGGCAAUUGUUUCUGCAAAGAGGAAGUGCUUCCAAAGAUUCUGGGCUAGUUCUUUCAACUGAUGCCAAGCCUCGACUUAAAUGGAACGCAGAGCUCCACAAGAGAUUUACAGAGGCAGUGAACCAACUUGGAGGACCUGACAAGGCUACCCCAAAAACAAUCAUGAGACUAAUGGGCAUUCCAGGAUUAACUUUGUAUCAUCUAAAAAGUCAUCUUCAGAAAUACAGACUCGGCAAAAACGUGCAGGCUCAAAUAAGUAAUGGAAGCAACAAAAAUGUGUUUGGUAGUUCACUGGUACAAGAGAGGGCACCAGAUUGUAAUGAAUCAUUAAUGAACAUCGGGCCAUCGAAUAAAACCAUGCAGAUAAAUGAGGCACUUAAAAUGCAAAUUGAAGUGCAGAGACAGUUACACGAACAACUUGAGGUACAAAGACAUUUGCAACAGCAGAUCGAGACUCAGGGAAAGUAUUUGCAGUCAGUGUUGGAGAAGGCUCAAGAGACAAUUACCAAGCAAAGCUUGAGUUCUGCAGGACUUGAAGGUGCUAAGAUUCAUCUCUCUGACCUGGCCUUCUCAGUCGCAAAUGGAUAUUUCAGCAACUCAUUUCAAGCUCAGGAAAAUGAUUAUCGAGUAUAUACUUGCUUAGCCUCUUCCAAGGGACUACAAAAUGAAAAAGAGGCAUUCGAAACUAGAACGGCAAUAAGUUCAUGCCAUCAGGAUUUUCUCCUAUCAUCCUGGUAUAGUGAUAUGCAUGAGCAGAAGAAGCCUUUUGCUGCAUCAAUUUUAAGAGAUUCAGACAUCAAACAAUCAAAUGCUAAACCUCAAUAUGCUGAGAGGGAUGGUGCAUUUCUUCCUGAGGUAAAGAAAGAGGAAAGGGAUGACGAACACUCGCAAAGAAAGAGCACAGCACUGGGGCAAGCGAGUAGAAAGCGACUAGAAGAGUUUGGGUUGCCAUGCCUUAAAACUGAGCUAGAACUAAACACCCAUCAUGACGGUGAAGAAGGUACUUCAAGUUGUAGAGAACUUGACCUGAAUGGCUUCAGUUGGAGCUUAUAGAAAGAGAGACUUAGGAAAUUUAAAUAAAACAUUGUGUAGAUGUGUGUGGUAGGAAUGAGGUGCUUGAUUUGAACCUUUAACUAUCCUGAACUCUUGAAAACUUUAAGCACAUCUACACAAGAUCAGAGAGAAAUUUAGGAUGUUUUCGUGCAACUCAUAACUAACUCAAAGCUCUCUAGUGCUGAUAUAUAUACAAAAAAAAAAGUUUCAAU